AUGGUGAUUAAGUACUUACAUAUGUAUGCUCAUUUAUUCAGUGCUCCUAGAUUUGGUUCUCACAUAUAUAGUGCUCCUAGAUUUGGUUCUCAUAUUUUUAGUGCUCCUAGAUUUGGUUCUCACAUAUUUAGUGCUCCUAGAUUUGGUUCUCGCAUAUAUAGUGCUCCUAAAUUUGGUUCUCACAUAUAUAGUGUUCCUCGAUUUGGUUCUCACAUAUAUAGUGAUCCUCGAUUUGGUUCUCACAUAUAUAGUGAUCCUCAAUUUGGUUCUCACAUAUAUAGUGAUCCUCGAUUUGGUUCUCACAUAUAUAGUGAUCCUCGAUUUGGUUCUCACAUAUAUAGUGAUCCUCGAUUUGGUUCUCACAUAUAUAGUGAUCCUCGAUUUGGUUCUCACAUAUAUAGUGAUCCUCGAUUUGGUUCUCAUAUAUAUAGUGAUCCUCGAUUUGGUUCUCACAUAUAUAGUGAUCCUCGAUUUGGUUCUCACAUAUAUAGUGAUCCUCGAUUUGGUUCUCACAUAUAUAGUGAUCCUCGAUUUGGUUCUCACAUAUUUAGUGAUCCUAGAUUUGGUUCUCAUAUAUUUAGUGCUCCUAGAUUUGGUUCUCAUAUAUUUAGUGCCCCCUAG